CCAUACCAAAGAUUUGCUAAGAUCUCACGUUAUUGGAUCCUCAGAAUCUCCUCCCAGCUUUUCUUUAUUUCCAUUUCCUCUCUUCUUUCUUCCCUUCUCCUCCAUCCUCCUAUUAAACACCAAACCGCCACCCCCCUUCUCCCAGAAAAUCCCUCUGCACUUCCCAAUUUCGAUUUCCCUUGUCAAACUCCGAAGAUUAUUAAUUCCUACCUCUCCCUCUUUAAAACCCACGAGCGGUUCUUUGUACCCACUCAGUUCCAGCGAUUUCUUCUAGCAAAGGAGGUUUCUUCUGCUUUUGGGCCUGUUCCUCAAUUGGGUUCUGAUCAUCUUUUCAUCUGGGAAAUGGCGGCCGCCGGUACUGAGUCUCUGCGGUGGAACUUGGCGGAGGAAGUGGGGGUUUCGGGUUGUAACGGCAAUCUCGUUAAUGGGUCGGGUUCUGGUUCUGAGGAGUUUCAUGUUCUAGCUGUGGAUGAUAGUAUUGUUGAUCGGAAGCUUAUUGAGCGUUUGCUGAAGAGUUCAUCCUUCAAAGUUACGGCUGUGGACAGUGGUACUAGAGCUUUGCAGUACCUUGGUUUGGAUGGGGAGAAGAGUACUUCUGCGGUUGGUUUCAAUAAAAGAUGUUUAGGUUUCCGAGGUGCUGAUUGUUCUGUUCUGUAUGAAAUUUGGCAGGAUUUGAAGGUCAAUCUCAUAAUGACCGAUUACUCCAUGCCUGGCAUGACUGGAUACGAGCUGCUCAAAAAGAUCAAGGAAUCUAAAGCGUUUAAAGAGAUCCCGGUUGUGAUAAUGUCAUCAGAGAACGUCUUGACCCGGAUCCAUAGUUGUCUGGAAGAAGGUGCUGAGGACUUCCUGAUGAAGCCUGUGAAGAAGUCUGAUGUCACUAAGCUUAAAGACUUCAUGGUGAAAGGGGAUCAAGCUGAGAAAGGCAAGAGAAGUAGCAUCAAGAGAAAGAUGGACGAUGACAUUCUUAAGCUGACGAUGCCUCCUACUGCUAUUGCUUCUUCUUCUUCAGAGGUGGAGGAUCAAUCUUCCUCCGCAUCCCACUCUCCAUCGUCAUCAUCAUCAUCUCCGUGUUCAUCUCCUUGCAAAAGAACCAGACUGCAAUAGCCAGUGAUCGAUCUAAUACACCUGCUGCUAAACUAUAGAUGCUUUGAUUAGCAAAUUUUGUACGUAGCAUCAAGCCACUUAACAUAGAAAUGAAUGGCUCAUGCUCUUUUUUUGUGAAUUAUCAACUGCUUCGUCUAUGGUCUUACCUCGAAUAGUAUGAAAAGGAGGAUCGCUCUCAGUAGGACGCGAUCAACUUGAUGUGAUCUGUUCUUUAUUUUGUAAAUGGUCGAAUCUUUAAUCAUGAAUACGAAAUUGAGAUCUCUCAAAAUUCAAGUCUCUGUGAUCCUAAUUCCGCCAACUUGCUAUG